CAGCAGCUGCAUACACGGUUGGGGCAAUCCAACAGAGUCGUUGGCCCUGUGCUGCCGUGGUCCCCGUUGGUCAGGCUGGAGGGCAGAAGACAGGACAGCCUUCAGACUCAGACUGAAAAGGAGACUACCUAAGAGGGCACUUUCCCUGCCUGACUGCAGACCUGGGAUAUUGGUCCUUUCCAGCCUUUGGGCUUGAACUGAAACUCAACUCUUCCUGGGUCUUGGGCCUGCUGACUUUUGAAUUGUAACUGACAUCAUUGGCCCUUCUGGUUCUCCGGCCUUCCACAGAUCUUGGGACUUCCAUAAUAGUGUCGUUGAAAAGCCGGGCGUCAUGAUGACGGAGCGCUUUGACUGCCACCACUGUGAAGAAUCUCUCUUUGGCAAGAAGUACAUCCUGAGGGAGGAGAGCCCCUACUGCAUUGGGUGCUUUGAGGCUCUCUACGCCAGCACUUGCGAGGAGUGUGGGAAGCCCAUCGGCUGUGACUGCAAGGACUUGUCCUACAAGGACCGACACUGGCACGAGGCCUGUUUCCACUGCUCGCGGUGCAAGAGCUCGCUGGUGGACAAGCCCUUCGCUGCCAAGGAGGACCAGCUGCUCUGCAUGGACUGCUACUCCCACCAGUACUCGUCCAAGUGCCAGGAAUGCAAGGAGACCAUCAUGCCAGGUACCCGCAAGAUGGAGUACAAGGACAGCAGCUGGCACGAGACCUGCUUCAUCUGCCAUCGCUGCCAGCAGCCGAUUGGCACCAAGAGCUUCAUCCCUAAGGACAACCAGAACUUCUGCGUGCCCUGCUACGAGAAACAGUAUGCCUUGCAGUGUGUUCAGUGUAAAAAGCCUAUCACCACGGGAGGCGUCACGUACCGGGAACAGCCCUGGCACCGGGAAUGCUUUGUGUGCACGGCCUGCAAGAAGCCACUGUCGGGGCAGCGCUUCACGUCCCGGGAUGAGUUCGCCUACUGCCUGAGCUGCUUCUGUGACUUGUACGCCAAGAAGUGCGCCGGCUGCACCAACCCCAUCAGUGGACUGGGUGGCACAAAGUACAUCUCCUUUGAGGAGCGACAGUGGCACAACGACUGUUUUAACUGCAAGAAGUGCUCCCUCUCCCUGGUGGGGCGAGGCUUCCUCACAGAAAGAGACGACAUCCUGUGCCCGGACUGUGGGAAAGACAUCUGAAGUCCACACCGCUGACUGCUGGCGACACUCACGGAUUUAUGUACGCUCUCCUUCUCAGCCAGGCAGUAUUGUGUCUGGUCUCCACCGGCCACGUUGAGACUCUCCUCUUGUGCUUUUCUCAGUGAUAUCCACGUUUGUUUAAACCCUUUAAUCCUUUGUACUAGUUCAGUCCCAGGGAAGGAGGAAACCCCUGUGUAAACCCUCGGUGGGUAGCUGGUUUUGGAGUUUUGUAAUCAAGCAAGGCAAAUCCAAGUGCAAAAAUCCUUUCGAAUGACAGCUUUGUAAAUGUAUCCUUCUUUCACUGCGUAUUUAAUUUUUAAGUGCAAUUAACAUGUCACGAACUCGAGUUUCCCAAACCACACGAGAUAAUGCAGAGUAGGUAUUUACAAGUAUGUAACUUCCUGUCAUGUAAGCCCUAAAGCAAGAUUAUACAGCUUACAAUAAAGUUAUCCAGAACAAAAUGGC